UAAAAAAAAGGAGGAACAAGAGGAAAACACAUCCUCCUCUCGCAUCUGUUCCUUUCCCGCAUUAAUGCGUAAAUCACAUUAAUAUUUCAGAUUAUCAGUCAGUUUUAGCUGUAUCAUGUCUAUGAAAGCGCGAAACAGAGAGAUCUGCGCCGACUGCAGCGCAUCCGACCCGCGUUGGGCUUCAAUCAAUCGUGGUGUUUUGAUCUGCGAUGAGUGCUGCAGUAUUCACCGAGGGCUGGGUCGACACAGCUCUCAGGUCCGGCACCUGACCCAUGCUGCAUGGCCCCUGUCCCAACUGCAGAUGGUAAAAUCCCUGUACAGUAAUGGAGCAAAUUCAAUCUGGGAACACAGUUUAUUAGAUCCAUCUUCUAUCAUGAGUGGGAAACGCAAAGCCAACCCUCAGGACCGCAUCCACCCCAAUAAAACAGAGUUCAUUAAAGCGAAAUAUCAAAUGCUGGCUUUUGUUCAUCGAAUGCCGUGCCGAGAAGAUGACAGCAUUACUGCUAAAGACCUCAGCAAGCAACUUCACUCAAGCGUGCGAACUGGCAAUUUGGAAACAUGUCUGCGGCUGCUGUCGCUAGGCGCACAGGCCAACUUUUUCCAUCCAGAGAAGGGAAAUACUCCUCUACAUGUGGCAGCUAAAGCCGGUCAGCUGUUACAGGCGGAGCUUCUUACAGUUUACGGAGCAGAUCCUGGAUCUCCAGACAGCUCUGGAAAGACGGCCAUCGAUUACGCCAGGCAAGCAGGACACCAGGAGCUGGCAGACAGACUGCUGGAGAUACAGUUUGAGCUGACAGACAGGCUGGCGUUCUAUCUGUGCGGGAGAAAGCCAGAUCAUAAAACCGGUCAACACUUUAUCAUUCCACAAAUAGCAGACAGCAGUCUUGAUUUGUCCGAACUGGCCAAAGCAGCGAAGAAGAAGCUUCAGUCUCUCAGUAAUCAUCAGUUUGAAGAACUAGCCAUGGACGUCUACGACGAAGUUGACAGAAGAGAAACGGAUGGAGUGUGGCUUGCAACUCAGAACCACAGCACGUUUGUAACCGACACUACGAUCGUACCCUUCCUCCCCGUCAACCCUGAAUACUCUUCGACCAGGAAUCAGGGUCGACAGAAGCUGGCAAGAUUCAACGCGCAUGAGUUUGCGACGCUAGUUAUUGACAUUUUAGCCGAUGCCAAACGGCGUCAACAAGGGAGCUCACCUGAUAAUGUGAAAGAUAAUGUCGAGUUAAUUCUGAAGGACAUUGGUAACCGUCACGGCAGUGUAAGUCCAGAAAUAGAUCAGCCCGAUUACGACAGCGUCGCAUCUGAUGAGGAAAACGACCAGGAACCAACAUCUGGAAAAGACGAACGGACCAAGAGCUCGGAGUCCUCGGAUCUCUCGGACAGCCCCAUAACAGUCCAGGAGUUCAUGGAGGUGAAAAAUGCCCUCCACUCCUCUGAGGCAAAAAUCCAACAGCUUCUCAAAGUCAACUGUCAUCUGAGUGACGAGCUGAGAAUCAUGCAGAGCAAACUGAACUCUCUUCAGAAUGAGAACAGCACUCUGAAAUGGCAAACUCCUGAUAGUUUGGCAAGGCCGCAGGAUCUCCCGCACAGGGCGGCUCAACGUGGCUGCCGGGCCAUGUCGAUGUACGAGACCAGCUCAGUUCUGAGGCAGUAUCCCCCUAGAGGAGAGACCGCCCACCGCGACACAACUCUGACUCUUCAACCUUUGCUCUCUAAUAUUGGGAAGGGUCCCUCGGUGACCACCUUCUCCUCUCUCCCCUCGUUCCCCUCACCUCUGUCCUGGUCCAGGGAUGAGAGAACCCAAAGGGGCUGCAGCCUGGACGCUCCCAGCCGCUUGUCUGAAAGAGAUGACACACUGAACCAAGUCGAGAACGAAGAUUCUUGCUGGGUGGCCGACGACACAGUCCCGUCAUCAGAAAGCGCGUCUGAGGGCGAGUGUGACCCUACAUUACCCUGCACAGAGGCCGUCAUCAGCAAGACGGAGCUCAUCACCAAGAACAUCCAAGAGUUACUGAGAGCCGCACAGGAAAACAAACACGAGAGAAUACCCAGAUCUACACUUGCCAUCUUUGUCCCGUGUUCAGACAGAAUUCUUGAUGCAGUGACAGAAAUGGCCACAUUAUUUCCUAAGAGACCGUCCUCCGAGACCAUCCGCGGCUCCUUGCGUCUGCUGACCUCCAGUGCCAGUCGUCUGCAGUGCGAGUGUCAAAAGGCAUCGCCGCACGACUCGCAGCAGGUCAUUCAGUGUGCCUAUGACAUCGCCAAAGCGGCUAAACAGCUGGUUACUGUAACAACCAAAGACAGUAACUGAAUUACGUCUCAACGCCUCCUGUUUAUUACGUCCGAUGUCAUUUUAUGUUGUUGCUUUUAUGUCAGUAUUAUUGGUGAUGUGUUGUGUUCCUUCAUGCGACACGGUUUGGUUUGCCUUUAUUGCGAGUAUUAAUGCAUCAUUUCAACUUUCAGGGCACAAGGCCUUGAUAAUCAAUGGCAUAUUUCUUGUGGUGAAUUUUUUUAAUGAGACUAAUAUUUUUGCUUCCUAUGGUGCUAAUAACCGAACAGAACGUCUGUGUUGCUUGUGUGUGUGUGCGUGCGUGCGUGCAAGCAGAACUAGGACUUUAGUCAUUUACUUACACCAGAGUUUCAGUAAGAAAAAAAAGGUGUGAGUGUGACGGACAACAUUUCCUGUGCAAUAACCACAUUUUGUCGCCCUGCAAAAUGCUACAUUACCCACCUGAUGUUAAUAAUGUGUAGUCAUAUUAUGUAGUCCUUGUGUGCGCGUGCGCGCGCUUGGGUGUCUAUUAUAUAUUUAAAGGUAAAGUAUGUAAUUUUUGUACCACAAGUGAUAGUUUUUUUUCUGAGCUCUGAGAAUAAGCUAUGAUAUAUAUGUUUGUUUGUUUAUAUACAUAUAAACAGGAAUGUGAAUCUAGUGGUACAGAAAUUACACAUUUAAAGGGAUAGUUCAAAUUCUUAAAAAGGAAUUACUCUAGUUGUUCCAAACCUAUACAUUUCUUUGUUUGGUUGAACACAGAAAGAUGUUUGGAAGAAUGCUCGUAACCAAGCGGUUCUUGGACCCCAUUGACCACCACAGUAGAAAAAAUGACAAUGUUAGUCAAAAGUGCCCCGGAACUGUUCUACAUUCUUCAAAAUAUUUUCUUCAAAUAAGUAAUUUUUCCUACUAUGGUAGUCAAUGGUGUCCAAGAACUGUAUGGUUAUAAGCAUUCUUCCAAAUAUCUUUCUCUGUGUUCAACCAAACAAAGAAAUUUAUACAGAUUUGGAACAACUCGAGGGUGAGUAAACGAUGACAGAAUUUUUAUUUUUGGGUGAACUAUUCCUUUAACCUUUAAAGAUACACUCUCCUUAUACCUGCUGUUAUCUGCUCAAAUUUCAGAGAUCUUAAAAUACUCUGGAGUCAGAAGUGAGUUUGGCUGGAAACAUUGUUAUGUCAAAUAUAUAUAUAUUUAUAAUAUAACAAUCAUAUCUUUCUAGUUAUUUUACGUAAUCAUUUCAUUUUUUCCCAUCAUUGUCCAUUCCAGAUUGACGUCCACAUGCAAUUGCUUUUUUUUGUUGAAAGAUGGGGUCUGUGCAGGUUUUCAUUUAUACAGGUCAUCACAAAAUAUAUUUUUUCAUAGACAACUAGGAAGCAAAAUCCUGACUGUAAAACUUUGCCAGUAACUUACUGUAGAUUUGAUUAUUACUUAAUAUUUUCCUAUUAAUACUGUUCUUAAUUUGAGUUAAACUGUACUUUAAUCAAAAUUAAAACACUUUGACUUUUGAUAUUCAAAAUGAGCAAGAAGAGACUGGUCUCAUUACUGGCAUUACACUGCAAAAAAUGACAUUCUUCCUGAGCAUUUUUGUAUGUUUUCUAGUAAAAAUAUGUAAAACUUCAUAAAUUACUAUACAUUAACAUAACAAGAAAGGAAACCUAAGAUAUUUCGUCUUAUUUAACUAAGGAAAAUAUGAGAACCAGGUAAGUUUGUUUAAAACAAAAAUGUAAAAGAAAUCUACAGGAAGUUACUGGCAACCUUGCUGCAAAACUACAGUAAAGUUUUACCGUGCUGUUGGCGUGAAUAAACUAUGUGAUGUUUAAAGGAUGUAUAUUGUGCGUCCAAAAAAUAUAUGUUCAUGUGCUGCCUCGUCUGAAAUAAUACCAAUACCACAAAUUGUCAUUGUGAUAUUGCAAAGUAAUAUAUGAACAGUUAUGUUCCAAAAUGAGAACUCCGUUUAAAAUUUCUUUCAAAAAUCUUUUUUUAUUGUGCAUUCCAAUUAAUAUCAAUCAAACUGCUGUUGGUUUAUUUUGAUUUAAGCCAUAAUAUCUAAAAGAAAAUACAGCUAACUAACACAAUAAAACACAACAAAAACAUGAGUCAUCUCGUUUUCGAACCAAACUCUUCAUAUGUACCUGUGACAUGCCCGUUUGACCUGUCAAAAAACCUUUCUUAACCAUUUUCCGUCUCCCCCCAAAACAUGAUGGGUAUUCUAUAUACUGUUAAGUUAAAGUCUCCACAUCUUUUAACAGAUGGUUUAUUGAUAAAAAUGUUUUGGCAGAACUAACAAGGAUGUUGAUCGGGCAACAUGUCAUACUUGGCAAAAUCAGGGUCAUCGAACAAAAACACCGGCCACCAACUGCUGUGCUACUAAUUGGCUUUAUGCACACGUGACAUAUAGCCCAUUGUGUUUUCGUGAUACCUUUUCCUAUUAUGUAUUACUACAUUGUAUUUACAUGAAAGCUAUGUAAACUGCUGGUUGUAUGUAGGCUAUACAACUAAUCUGGUGGAGUUAAAUCUGGUCCUUGUAUUUCCUGCUCCUGCAGCUGGCUGACUUUCACCUUCAUGUUGAUAUCUAUUAAGCAGCUGAUCUUGUUACUAAAUAUAAUAAAACAACAUUUUAACUGUA